CCUCAAAACUGAAACAGAAACUGGGGCCAGAGACCCGUGACAACAACAAGGGCUGCGGUUGCUGCUUGCCGCUGGCAGACGGGAUCAGCUUGCCAGGCCUGUGCCUCCCCAGUGUAUUUCGGCUCUGGACGCAGCCUGCAGCCUGAUGGCCGCCCUGUGAGUACCCGCCCGCCGGGUCCCCCCAGCUUUUCAAUCUCACUGCACCUGGGAGCUGCUGUGGGAAGAGGUGGCCCCGCUGGUGGCAGAGGGCUGGGAGGCAGCAGGUCCUUCCCCAGCUGUGGGGCAGUCCCACACGGCCCGGUCCGCCUGCCACUGGCAGCUUUCCAUUUGCCACCAAACGUCAGCUUAUCGGUGGCCCUUUAUCACCUGCGAUUUCCACGCGGCCGGGGAGAGCGCGGAUCCUGCCAGAGAAGGAGAGAUUUAGCCAAGGGAUCCUGGCAGGAGGUUUAAUGCAAUGGAUAUCCUCCAUGUGGCCUUCAGACCUCUCCAGAAGCCUGUUGUGAAGAAGGUCUCCAAGGGAAGCACUAAGAACUGAGCUUGCAGCUGCAGGAGCACUGCUGAAGACAAGCCACAAGUGUCUAGGGAAGAAGCAGGUAGCCAGUUUUGCCAAGAGAGGAGUGAGCAGGAGGGUGACUCAAGGCGCAUCCGACUCCACAGCACCAGUCUUGCUGGGGCUGAGCCCACAGAGCUCGUGUCUCCGCAGCAGGCUUUACCGUGGUAUCAAGAGAGCACGUUGGCACAGGAAUGCGCCUGCUGAAACAGAGGUGCACUGGGCACCUGCUGUGCACACUGAUCCUCCUGAAGGCUGCAGGGGUCUUGGCCUUGAUGCUUUAUGCUUUACUAUGGGAAGCUGGGAACCUGGUCAACCUCCCUGGCAAGCGCAUUGGCUUUUACAACUUCUGCCUGUGGAACGAGACAACCAUGGAGCUGCAGUGCCUGAAGUACAGGCAUCUGCAGGUGAUGGGCAUCAGCCUAACAGGAAUAGUGCUAGCCAGGGUUUGUGUGUACUCUUGCCUGGUCUUUGGCAUCUUCUAUCCCCUUUUCGUUGUACAUGUGAAGUGCAUGGAAGACACGGAGGGCUGGAGGGCAAUUCUCAUCAUACUCGUCAUCAAGGUGAUGAUACUGUCUGGAGGCCUGGGUAUAUUUCUCUUCCAGACCUCGCAUUGGCUUCACCCCUUCGAAUUCACUGGGGGCUUCCUGGCACUGCUUGGGACUCAGGCUCUGCUACUCCUCCAGAUUUUCACUGCCACUACGUACCUCAGCUGGGCCAAGCACAGGUAUACAUGCGGAAGCCCUUUCCCUGAGGAUGCCAUGUCCAUGGAAAUUUGAAGGCAGAGAAGAUGCAAGAGCUAUGAAUUGCCUGAUUUAGAAUAAUAAUAGCACUGCAAUUUCUGUAACUAGCAGGAAUUUGUUCCCAAGUCCAGGUGUUCACGCCCAGCCGUGCUCUGACACACAGCUGUGAUUGCCAGCCAGAUGCUGGCAGCACUCCUGCAGCAAAUGGGCAGCAGGCACUAACAUCCACAGCACAGUGUGGGAGCUUCCUGGGAAUAGCAGCACAUAACACACACUGCAGCCUGGGGCACAGCACCAGAGUGACAGCACUUCUGGCCCCAUUUCAGAUCAGACCCAGCACAAGGCAGGUAUGUCUAUCUGGCUGUAUCUAGCCUGAGUAUAGGCAGACAGAGAAACAAAACAGGCUUGCUUUCUUGGAGUUGCCCAAAGAGACUCAGCUGCUUCUCCACCUCCUGAAUAACCAGGUGUAUCUUAGAAAUAAACUUGAGUGAGGAACUUUGUCUUCACAUUGCCAUCACAGCCAUGCAAGACCCAGGCAUGCAGUGGAAACAGUUUCUUCAGCAGAAGCAUCUGCACUUCAUCUGCUGGAAUAACACGGACUUACAGGGUGACUCUGCUUGUAGUUUGUUUGGGUGAAGUGGCUCAUGUCCAACCCCAGAAGCAGCACAGCAACUGGAAGAGCAUUUUAAUGUUUUGUGAACAUAGCCAUAACAAGGAGGGCUUCUAUAAGUGAUCAGAGGAUUCUGAUGAAGAUCUCCAGGCUCUCACUGACUCCAUGCAACUGAGCCCAGUACUCCAGCUGCCUCAGAGGCUCCAGCAGAGACCAGUCCUGGGUGGAAGCAUCUGGCUGCCAAGAUGUUUGUAACCUCGCACAAGUCAGCGCUGGCUUUCCAUCUGUCCCCUCUCAGUGCACAAAAGCCUAUCUUCUCAUCUCUCCUUCUGCAUGGGCCUUGGUGGUAACGUGGCUGGUAACAUAGGUUUGACUGAUUCAUCAUUUCAGUAAAGACUCUCGCACCUUG